CUUAGCUUGUCCAUAAUCCAUAUACAUCCCCAUAGUCACAGCAAGAGCAACAUAGUAUAGUAAUUAACAACACAUUUCUAAUUCUAUCAUUCAUUCGUAAAAAAGCAUAGCUUAAAAAUAAAAAUAAAAAUAAAAAUAAAAAUAAAAAUCCUCAAAAAUGGCUGGCGAACCACAAAGGCUUCACAUAAUGUUGUUCCCUUUUAUGGCUGCUGGCCAUAUGAUCCCAACCUUAGAUAUCGCGAAGAUGUUCGCCGCCCAACAAGUUAAAACUACCAUUGUUACAACCCCUCGUAAUUCACCCUUUUUCACUAAACCACUUGAAACUUACAAAAACAUCGGUCCUCCAAUCGACAUUGAAAUCAUCCCGUUUCCUUGUCAUCUGGGUGGCAUCCCUGAGGGAAUCGAGAAUUUUGAUCAAUUCACUUCAGAUGAGAUGGUUGUCAAGUUUCUCAAGGCUACUUAUAUGCUACAAGAAUCACUUGAACAAGUUAUGGAAAAAUGCAAGCCUGAUUGUUUAGUGGCUGAUUUACUCUUGCCUUUCGCUACUGAUGUUGCUGCCAAAUUUAACAUACCAAGGUUAGUCUUCUUUGGAACUAACAACUUUGCACAAUGUGUCAUUUAUUCAAUUAUGAAGUACAAGCCAUACGAAGCAGUUUCCUCGGAUGACGAGGAAUUUGUCAUCCCCAACCUUCCUCAUGAAAUUAAAUUGACGAAAUUUCAACUACCUGAAAUGAUGAGGGAGCAAGGAGAUAAGCAGAUGACCAUUGAAUUGAUGGAAGUAUUCGGUCGUGCUUUAGCCGCCGAGCAGAAGAGUUACGGCGUUAUUAUGAAUAGCUUUUAUGAACUUGAGCCUGAAUAUGUUGAUUGUUAUAACAAGGUUUCUGGUAGGAAGAUAUGGAAUAUAGGUCCGGUUUCAUUAUGCAACCGCGAAAAUGAAGCUAAGUUCCAAAGAGGGAUCAAGUCUUCAAUCGAUGAGUAUGACUGCUUACAAUGGCUAGAUUCGAAAAAGCCAAAGUCCGUUGUUUAUAUUUGCUUUGGUAGCUUGGCUGAAAUCUCAAACUCACAACUUCGAGAGAUCGCGAUGGGUCUAGAAGCUUCUGAGCAGGAUUUCAUAUGGGCAAUAAAGAGAAAGAAUGAGAAUGAGAAAAAUGAUGAGUGGUUACCACAUGAAUUUGAGAAGAGGAUGGAAGGAAAAGGAUUAAUUAUAAGGGGAUGGGCACCUCAAGUGUUAAUUUUGGACCAUGAAGCUACUGGAGCAUUCGUGACUCAUUGUGGAUGGAACUCAACUCUAGAAGGCAUAUCAAGUGGGGUUCCUAUGGUAACUUGGCCAGCAUUUGCUGAUCAAUUUUAUAAUGAAAAAUUGGUGAUUCAGAUUUUGAAGACUGGUAUAGCUGUUGGAGCUAAGGAAAGUAGCAGAACAGUUGAUGCUAAAGUGAAACAUGAAGAUAUAAACAAGGCUAUAACAAGAGUUAUGGUAGGCCAAGAGGCUUUGGAGUUAAGAAUUAAGGCAAACAAGUUAAAAGACUUAGCAAGGAAAGCUGUUGAAGUUGGUGGCUCAUCAUAUUGUCAUAUGCGUUCCUUAAUACAAGAAUUGAGCUCCUAUAAUGUUAAACCCAAUAUGCUUGAUUAAGGUUCUUUACUCAUAGUUAGGUUCAGUCAUAAGUCGCAGGUGCAAAUAUACUACAAGAGUACAAGCUAGUAUAAUGUUUAUUGGUUUUCCUGCAAACACCUGUAUUAAUAUAGAUUGAAUAGAGUGACAAUUCAAGUCCUUUACAACAUAGAAUACCUCUAUGAUGAUUGAUGACUUUCCUAAAUAA